GAGUCCUCCACUCCUGUCCCUCAUGGACAUGGCGGUGUUCUCUGCGUGUCAUAUUACAGGGGACACCGCCACUGUAGUUUCAUGCAAGCUUUACUGUUCUGGACAUGGUGAACGAUGUGCUACUGCUUGAAGUUGACAAAGGAAAUGAAAAAUAUUGGACAAUAUCCUUAACUCGGGCUUUAAAGAACGGGGACAACGGUGACUGUUUUCCAAGUGCGCAGCCUUGAGCACAGGAAUAUUUGUAAUCUAUUUACAGCAGCCGCUGAGUAAGGCAAACUGCUCCCAACGAGACAUGAUCCCAACACGAAGCUGUACUAGCCAAGACCGUUUAUUACUUUAAAAUAACACCAACAUAUUUCGAUUAUCAAAAUGGAUCGUGCUGUGAAAGGGGAAUGUGAGGGGGCAGAGCCAGAGAUGGGGGAAUUGCAGGACGUGGGGCCAGGAAUAAUCGAUAUCGACGACGAAGAUGAGAUUGAGGACCUUCAUAAAAGUUUAAAGGAAGUUAUGCAGGAUCCAUCAGUGAAGCCUAAACUCCAGUGUCUGAUGGUUGACCCAUCCUUCUCUAUGGUGACGGUACAGAGUGAGGACAGUGGGAUAGUAUGGGAGACGGCUUCCAGUAGAUGCUCAACUCCAUGGGCUUCAGAAGGAAGCUCUCCAUCUGAACAAUACAGCAUGGAAGGUUCCGGAACACAGGGGAAUAUUGUGAUCAUAAUGGAUGAAGACAGAAUAAAGAGGAAAAAAACAAGCAGCAGAGGCAAGCUAGGUGACAGGUUUAAAAAGCCAAGCUCCAGACUGCCAAAAAGUCGGAUAGGUGAGGAAAGACCUGCAAUGAUUGAGGUGUCAGUGCCGAAUAUCAGGUCUGAAAGCAAUGAGGAUGGUAUGCCUGCUGGAAGCAAGGAUCAAGAUCUUUUUAGUUUGAUAUCAGAUGGUUUUGAAAUACUCAAUAUUGUUGUACCGUCAAAGCUUGCUACAGUAGAUGAGGAAGAUAGCACUGAACUGGUGGAGAAUUUAGCCUACUUGGAUGAUACCCCAAAGAUAAAAUCCAAACAUAAGCAUGAACCUGUAGCUACAAACAGUUGUCCUGUGAAGAUAGACAUUGAGGAAAUAAAGCAAAAUGAAAGCUUGAAGGAUUCAUCCCAGAUCUUUGCUGACAAACAGAUCAAAAAGGAUGAAACUCAUAUGGACUACCUUGAAAAAUUCACACUGUUAGAUGAGCAGGCACCUAGUGAUGGCACUACACUGAUGGAAAAACUUGAACCAGAAGUGACUGUCCAGCCGGAGGAACCUCAAGAGAACCUCAAAGAACCAAAAGUAGAUGAAGCUGUUGAUGAUGAUUCCUUUGUGUUCAUCAGUGAUGUUGAAAUUGCAGGUGAGCAUCUUGACGAAGUGUUUUAUGGAAAUAAGUUGAAUGCAGAGCCUCCCCAAGAGCGUGAGGGCAGAGUUGGAAGUACAGCAAAAGAGAGCUCUAAAUCUCUUAAAGAGAGUGGAUCAGUCUUAUUCGGGAGUCAGGAAUGUAUCCUCACACCUGUAUACCUCCCUACCGGACCACCAAAGAUCAUAGAUCUUGUCCUUCUUGAGGAACCACGAGCAAUGUCCUUCCAUUACUCAGACCUUUAUGAGGACACAGUAGGAGACCGGAAGAAAGAAGACGACUUCUCAGAUACAGAGAGUGUUGUUUCAGAACGGUCUUUCAAAAGGAGAUACUCUGAUUCUGAUGAUGCAGAUGGAUAUCUGGAGAAAUUCAUAUUGAAGGAUGAAACACCAGUGGUUGCUAAUGUACCUGAGGCCAAAGAAAAGGAAGAUGGGGGGAAAUUAGCAUGGUCACAAAGUAAAUUUGAACUCACUGGAUGUUUAGAUAAAGCACAAGAAGAAAAUGAGGAAGUAACUGUCGAUCAACCAUGUGUGCAAGAUAAAAUUGAAGGUGAAGUACAGUGUGAGUCCACAGAGUGUUGUUCAGAGGGACACUGUGCUCCAGAAAUCCAACAAGAGGUGGAAAUUAUCUUUACAGGAACGGUCACAUCAGACGACCUGGUAGCGAAGCAUAGUAGGGAAAAUGAAAAGCAAUGUGAUGUCACUGUCAUUAUCAAGGACAAUAUCACAACUAAAAGUGCCCUCAAUGACACACAACGUCAGAUGGAUCAAGUCCUUGAGCCAGAAUGCAAAACCAUCAGUGAAGUAGAUUGCAGUGGACAGGAACAAAUAAGUCUGACUGCUCAUAUUCAAGAGCCUGGGGGGUUAGCGCAUGAAGAUGUUUUUAAAACUAAAGAUGAAUUUAAAAUUAUGUCUGUAACACAGAGCUCUGAGAAGAUUCAGUCCGAUGUACCACAUGCUGUUGAAAACAUUAGUGUUUCUGAGGGCAGUGUGGAUAGACGUCAUGAAGUAGCUGAUGCCAUUGCUGACAUUCAGAAAACAAGUACUAUUACUAAAAAUGACGAAGGAGAGAAUAAUAAAACCAAGACACAAGGCGAAAUUUUAGAGCAAAAUCUUACCUCAAGGGUCGAUAAAGGCAUUACUGAAAUAUUAAAAAGAGAAGAACCAGAAAUAAUUGCUCAGAGGGUUGUCAUUCUCAAAGAACCUCUGUUAGAUAGAACAGAACCUCCAAAAACUGAGGAACCUUCAAAAGUAGAGAAAGAAGUCAAGCCUUUAGAAGAGACUGAAACAAUUACAACAUAUACUGAAGUUAAACUUUCUGCAAAAUCUUUUGAAAAUGACUCUCAAGUCCAUGAAAAUGGAGAAAUGCUUGCUGUGGUUGAGAAUAAAGUGAGUGAAGGAUUAAUUCCCGAAAAGGAAAAACAAGAGCAGGUAAUUGACAAAAUUGGUGCAGCGCAAGAGGUUGAGGCUCAUAUUGGUACAUCAGAUGUGUUAACAGAAAUUGAAAUAAAGCCAGAGUCUAAAUUUACUUCUGUUCAGACCUCAUUAGAGCAGUCACAUCCAAAUGAAACAGAUACAGCAAACAUUGAACUUCAGACUAAAUCUGAUAUUACAAGCGAGGAGAAAAUGUAUCCAGAUGUAUUACACAAUGAAUUCAUUGCAACAAACAAGAAAGCCAAAGAGUGGACAAGUACAGAUAGGCCAACCAACGAGGCACCAUUGGUUGAGCAAAGGCUGGAAACGCAAAAAGAACAUGUUGACAUACCAAAGAUUGAAGAACAUGUGGUUACAGAAAAACAUGAAAAAGUUGAGGAAAUCAAGGUGGAUGUUACAGAGGAAGCAAAUGAGAGGGUUGACACCACAAAUGAGCCUGUUCAGGACGAGAUACCUUCUGAGAAAAAAGUGGCAACAGAGAUGAAUCAAAUGAUUAAUUCAAGGCAAGAAUAUAGCAUAUUGUUAGCUAAUGACAUGGAGGCAUUUGCUCGUGAAGGCACGGAAGAGAUAAAAGUAACAGACAACGUAGAGGACUUAUCAAAAGUAAGACUGCCAGCUGUUGUACCAACAAAUGAGGAACAGGUAGAAGAAUAUAGUGAAAUAAAUGACGUGACCAUAUUAACCGGAGAGAUCCCAUUGAAAGAAUCAGCCACUAGUUGGACAGAUAUUGAGAAUAAGAUGUUACCUCUAACAUCAACAAAAACAUUAGAGGAAGGAAAGAAAACACAGAUUGAUGCACAGAUUGGAGAUAUAACAGACCUACCAGAGCCCAUUUCGCCUCCUCCAGUUGAUGAAGAUGACCCCUCAGCAAUGAGAGUCUCACCUUUAGAGCCAGAGGAUAGUGACAAAAUGUAUGAAGAUAUACAUAAAGGAGGAAGCCUAAGUAGGGAUAAAGGUGUCUUCUCACAAUUGCGAAGUUUUACACCUCAAGAGGACCUGUCGACCUUGAGCUGCGACCAAAAUGUGCUGCAGGAAAUUGCAGAGGAACUUGGUUAUGAGAUGGUCACCGAACAAGAGGCAAGACAGUGUGAACAAGCUCUAGCUGAGGAUGGGCACUGUGAACAAGUUCGACUGUCAGAUCAAACUCUGGAAAAAGACUUUGAAUUUGUUGAGGAUUUGGAUAGUGCACAAAUGGCGGAAUAUGAACAUCAAGAGGAACUUGAAAUUCAACCAAUGGAUGCGUUCUGCCUCGUUUGCCGUUGUCCAGUACUGCUGAGUGAGGCUGAGCAUCAAAACCAUGAGAUGGCCUCUUUGGAUGAGGCCUAUGACAGUGUUAAGAAUCAGCUGAGUGAACUGAUAUCAGUUUUACAAGGAAGAUCAGAGAAUAUUGAAGACUUUGUAUCUGAGCUUGAACUGGCAUACAACACAGUGGAGGAGAACUUUAAUGAUUGUGAGAAGAUCAUAAAUGAGCACAAUGAGGAGGUGGUGAAGCUGGUGAUGGAUCAGUAUAAUGAGAUGUCUCAGGCCAUGGAGGAGGAGAAAAAGGCCAAACUGGAGCAGCUGUACGACCAGAUUGUGUCGUUCCAGGAGAAUAUCGACAAGGCCAAGGAGACUAUGGAGAUGACGGCUAAGGAGGAGGAAGAAACGGACCCACUCAAGUUUCUUUCUUCAUCAAAAGAUAUCAAUAUGAGGUUGAAUACAGCUUUGGAAUCCACCAUGUCACUUGAACUUGGUCCACGAGGGCUGCUGGUUUUUGAGGACUAUGCCAAGGGCAAAUCAGGCAAUGAGAGGAAAAACAGACAAGCCAUUCCAGUUCCUCAAAAACCACAUCUCCAGCCUCAAGAGGCCAAUUCUGCAACCAGCACUUCCGUCACUGUGUAUUGGAGAGUCAAUGAGGAUGACAUUAUCGACUGCUUCCAAGUCUACUGCAUGGAAGAGCCACAAGGAGCUAUCUCAGAGGAGUACAGGGUGACUGUGAAGGAGAGCUACUGUAAUCUAGAAGAGCUGGAGCCGGAUAAGUGUUAUAAAGUGUGGGUGAUGGCGGUGAACUACACAGGCUGCAGCAUGCCGAGUGAGAGACUGCCCUUCAGAACCGCCCCCUCUGUCCCGGUGAUCCAGACAGAACAGUGCACAGUGCUGUGGGACACGGCCACGCUGCGUUGGAGCUCAGUUCAGCCCAGUGCUGUAGACUGCUUCACACUGGAGUAUUGCCGCCAGUAUGCAUGCGAGAGAGAGGGACUCAGAUCCAUAUCAGGGAUAAAAGGCUAUGAGCAGAGGGUCCUCCUUCAGCCCAAUGAAAAUUACCUCUUCUACAUCAAAUCAGUGAAUGCAGGAGGAGCCAGUGAGCAGAGCGAGGCGACCCUUAUCUCAACCAGAGGUACAAGGUUCCGCUUCCUCAGUGAAACGGCCAACUCAGUGCUGGAGGUUUCAGAGGACAGGAACUCGGUAGAAUACCCACAAGACACCUACAGUAAAAUGUCCUCAAUCAUAGAAUGUCCAGCUGUUAUGGGUGAACUUUUGCCUUCUCUUGGAUAUUACUACUGGGAGACAGAGGUGUCAAGGUGCAAAGCCUACCGCAUCGGUGUCGCAUAUCAAACUGUAUCACUGACCAGCACACUGGGGGAGAACAGGGCCUCCUGGUGUCUGCACUGUGUACCUACAUCUAUAAGCUGCAGAUUUGAACUACUUCAUGACCGUGUGGAGUCUGACAUCUUUGUUGUGGACAUGCCUGCGCGGAUCGGCACUCUGUUGGACUACAGUCAGGGUCGGCUCUUCUUCUUCAAUGCUCAGAACGGGCAGCUCUUGGGCACUUUUCAGCACACCUUCACAGAGCCCUGCCACCCUGUGUUUGUCCUAGAGCAGCCGGGGAAUCUAGAGCUGAAAAUGACCAUGGAGGUGCCGGAGUUUGUUAAGCACUGCUAGUUUACAUGACUCAGGUCUCAGUGCUCUGGGUUUGGUUGUGUGACAGUAUAUGAAUCAAGUGAAUCUUUCUUAAUAGGAAAUGAAAACAUAUUGUGCUGUCACGUGAAAAGUUGCUCAGUUUAUUGAUAUGGUGUGACUGAAGAGAUUAUGAGAAAUGUCACGUUUUGUGAAAGGAAGGACUGUUUUUGAAGCUGUGCUUUUAAAUCCCUCCAGAAACUAGUUUUGUGGAUCUGUUGCGUUGUUUUUGUAUAUAUAUUAAACAGAAAGUGCAUGCGACCAGUUUUGUUGCUUGUCAUAUAUGAUGCACCCCUGGAUCACAUGAUGUGCAGACAUUUAUAUUCAGUGUCAGUGUAUUUAUUUUGGAAGCUACAGGCUUUCAGGUUGUUUGAAUAAAACAGAUUUUGGCAAAGCUAAUAAUAGACUUUCAUAGCUGAAUUCUCUCUGAUAUAUUGCUGUGGCUUAGUUUAUUUUCAUGAUUUGGUAGAAAAAGGAAAUUUCCCUUCAGUUUCUAUUUAAAAUUGUUGCUGGAUCUCACUUAAUCGAAAACUAACCAAAGGUAAAUGUGCAGUAAAGUGAAUAGACUGAUUUUAGUUUUCACUUACAAUGAAUCAUUUGAGCAGGGUGUAUUUUUAACUUAUUUAUUGUCAUUUUUCACUCUGAAAGCUCCACUAUCAAGUCAAAAUCAACACUUGCAUAAGAGAAAAUAAAUUGUAACCAUAUUUGUUAUCUUUAAUGGCUGCAUACUGUAGGGAUUGCACUUUGUUUGGUAUCCAUUUUGUAAAUUAUUCUUUCAAAUUUUUCAAUUUCAGUGCCCUGUUGUUGAAUAAGUUAGUAGUGGUAUAAAUUAGUCUACUUGUAUAUUUAUUUGUAUUUCUGAGAAUGACUGGAUUGAUUUAAAAGUUUUACCAUUAUAAAUGUUUUAAUAAACAAAGAAUUAAGUUCAUGAAUUAAGAUCAUAUAUGAAUUAUAUAUACUGUAUAUCGUUCAAGACCGUUCAAAAGUUUGGUGUCUGUAAGAUUUUUUUAAUGUUUUUGAAAUGUCUCUUAUGUUGAACUUAUUUGAUCAAAAUUACAGCAAAAUCCAUAAUAUUGUGAAAUGUUAUUACAAUUUAAAAUAACCGUUUUCUAUUUUAAUACAUUAAAAUGGCAAAGCAGUCAUUACUCGUCUUCAGUGUCACAUGAUCCUUCAGAAAUCAUUCUAAUAUGCUGAUCUGCUGCCCAAGAAACAUUUCUUAUUAGUAUCAGUGUUGAAAACAGUUGUGCUGGUAAUUUUAUUGGGAAAGUGUGACGUUUUUUUCUUUUAUUUUUUCUUGAUGAAAAUAAAAUUCUAAAGAACAGCAUUUAUUUGAUUGUAAAGAUGUAUAAA